CAGUUCAUCAAUUCACGAGGGUUGCAAAAAGAUAUAUACAACAAAAAAAGAUGAUUAUAUAAAAGAAAAUAAAUGUAUUCUCAACAUAUGACCUAUAGAAGUCAACUUUAAUAUAUUAAUAUGAUAUGAAACUAACAAUUUGACUAUGUUGUCAUUGAUCCUACCUUCUUUUUUAUAUGUUUUUGGAUUAUAUUACGGAAAAAUAUACGCAAACUAUGUAUUUAUAUUUGCACUUUCAAUAAGUUACUGCAAUGGAAAUCAAGGCAGUGUAUAUACUGACGAUAUUUUUGAAGCAGGCAAAUUUUUAAAAAAUUUUGAUGUUGUUGCUGAUGAACUGUUAACAAAAAAUGGACUUGCAAACUGGCAAUAUGAAACUGACCUUACGGAAGACAAUCUUCAAAAAACAGUUGAUAUUGGCUUAGAACUGAGUGAUUUUUUUUUAAGUAGCAGUCAAAAUGCAAGUAAAUUGAAAGUUUUAGAUCUGCCUCAACAAAUGCAGCGUCAAAUCAUGUUAAUCAGACGAAGCGCAGAUCCAACAUCGGAAGACAUGAGAAGAGAAAUUAAAGAAACAAUAGGACAAAUGACUAGCAUAUUUAGUAAAGCUAAAGUCAAAAAAGAUUCUGUCGAGUAUUCAUUAGAAAACUUAACGGAAAUAAUGAGAACUUCGAGAAACAAGAAAAAGUUAGAUUGGGCUUGGAGAAGUUGGAGAGAUACGGUUGGUCCGCCAAUUAAAUCUUUAUAUACGAAUAUGAUUGAUUUGCUAAAUAUUGGAGCUCGAGAGCAUGGAUGGAUAGAUUAUGGCGACUUCUUAAGAACUGAUUAUGAGAUGGGUGACGAUUUUGAAAUUAGUCUUGAUAUGGUUUGGUCAAAAAUAAAACCUCUUUACGAAGAGCUACAUGCCUAUGUAAGGUAUAUGUUGACGAAGAAAAAAAUAAUAAAAGUCGCAAAAGACGGUUGCAUACCAGCAAGCGUCCUAGGAGAUAUGUUUGCUCAGAACUGGGAAAACAUUUUUGAUCUCGUAAAACCUAGUAAAACUUCGAAAGUGUUUGAUGUAACAAAAACUCUAAAAGAAAAAAAUUACACCGUACAAAAAAUGUUUACUUUAGCCGAAGAUUUCUUUAUUUCGUUAGGCUUGUAUAAGAUGCCAACAAGUUUUUGGAACAACUCAGUAUUUACAAAACCAAAGAAUAAAGACAUGGUUUGUCAUGCGUCGGCGUGGGACAUAAGUAGUACAGAUGUUAGAAUUAAAAUGUGCGCAGAGGUAAAUCAAAAUGACCUGACCACAAUUCAUCAUGAAAUGGGUCACAUAGAAUAUUUUUUAGCAUACAAAAAUCAACCAAACACAUUCAGAGCAGGUGCUAAUCCUGGUUUUCACGAAGCUAUUGGUGAUACAAUAUCACUUUCCGUAGAAACACCAACUUAUCUUAAAAAAGUUAACCUCCUUAAAAAAGAAAAAUGGAACAAAGACGAAACAAUAAGUUUCCUUUUAAACCAAGCUUUAAGACGUUUGGCGCCACUUCCAUACAACUUGCUUGUUGAUAAAUGGAGAUGGAGAGUAUUUGAAGGAAACAUCACCGAAAAUAACUAUAACAAAGCCUGGUGGGAUUUUAGAGUAGAGUACCAAGGUAUAGAGCCACCAGUUUCACGCCCACCAAAUGCUUUUGAUCCAGCAUCAAAAUUUCAUAUAGGAGCAAACGUUCCUUACGUGGCAUACUUCUUUAGCUACAUUCUUCAAUUCCAAUUGCAUAAAAAACUAUGCAGAAGCACGAAAUUUUCUGGUCCACUUUACUUAUGCUCGAUUUAUAACGAAAAAGAAGCAGGAAACAUUUUAAAAAAAAUGUUAGAAAAAGGAAGAAGCAAACCAUGGCCUCAAGUUUUAAAAGAAGCAACAGGGGAAAAAGAGCUAAAUCCAGAUGCAAUUCUUGAGUAUUUUAAACCUCUGCACACGUGGUUGGAAAAGCAGCGCAAAACAAAAAAAUACGAUAUUAAAUGGAAAAGGAGUCCACUUACCAAGGUAUUUCAAAAAACAACAAAAAAGUAUGAAUUAGGUCAAGAAAGGUCUGGAAUUUUAAAAACAGAUAGUGGUGACGUUUCACUUUCAAUCAAUAUUCCAGCUUUUUCUCUAGCGCAAUUAAUGGGAAACAAUAAAGUUCAAAACUCCACUACUGUCGAUUCAGCUUCUUCCUCACCAAGUAGAACUGUGUCUGAAAACAAUCUUCAACUUGAUCUUAGCAAGCUUCUUGCUUCAGGAAAAUCUUUUUCAAUAAAAUCAUCGGAAACGAAUACCAUAAACUCGGAGGGCAACACUGAAAUAAAAAAUAAAGAAAUAAAUAUAAAUUCUGAAUCGGCAAGUUUUAAAGCUCCUUCAAAAGUUGAACUGCCUUUACAAGCUUUUAAUAACGCUAGUGUCGAUAAAACAGUACCAUUAGCUGCCGCAGAUAAAACAGUACCCAUAGCGGCUCUAGAUAAAACAGCACCUAUGGCAGGUAUAGAUAAAACAGUACCUUUGGCAGCAGAAAUUAAACCCGAUGCUCCAUUUCCACUUACUGCCACUUCACUUACUGAGGAAAAAAAUAACCCUAUUAUUGCUGGUUUAGAAAAGCAAAAGACCAACCCAAUUGCUGCAGCGUUUCCACAAGAGGUUAAACCAAACCCUGUACCCGAAAACCAAAUAGCGCUCGUGCCAAUUUCUUUGCCGUCUAAUUUACUUAAUAUACUUCGUAAUGCAUUGAAUAGCAGUGGUCUAGAAAGAUCAGAAAAAAACAUUGCUUCAUUUAGUGAUUCGCAAUUAAAGUCUAGUAAUAACAGUAGCACUAAUCAUACUACAGAGCUUACUAAUAAUAACCAAACAUCAGCUAAAAACGAUCCAUUGAAUUCUACAGCUACGUUGCCAGGAAAAAAUUCAGAAGCUGUAAAUUCAACUUUAGUUAAAGAUGUUAAAGGAAAUAACACACUAAUUGGUGUAGAUAAAUUAAUUCAGCCAGGAAAUGAAGACUUAAACAAUUCAUCAAAAGUAUCACCUCAAAAUUUCAUGUCAAUGCAACAAUUAGUAUUACCUUGCAAACGAUCGGAUAUACCUUGCGUAUUUGGUAAAAUUGUUACCGAAGGAAAUAGUAUACCGUCAUUUAAAGAAGGGUUAGACGCGGAAAAGAAAACUGUUUCAAUAUCUCCUUCUUUAUUAAUCAAAAAACUUAUUGAGCACCAUGUCGCAGAUAAAAGUACUCCGGACCCAGUAGUUAACGCUGUUCCUUUAUCGUUGCCACUUGGGCAGACUUCGCAAGGUUUAACAUUAGGAUCUCAAGAAAAUAAUCAAGGCAACUUUGAUUUAAAUCAAAUAAUCAAAGCCUUGACUGGAGCCAUUAAGCCUCUUAAUAAAAAUGAUACAUCCCCUGCCGAUACAAAGCAAACAAUAUUACAAGCAAGUGCUGAAGCUCCCAAAGUUACAAUUAAGUCAAAUGAAGAUCUUUCAAAAAUUACCAACGCCGUAAAUUGCUCAAAUAUACAGAAAAGAGGGGUUCGACUAACAAUUAAAUGCAAUGAGGGUAAACACAAAGGAGGCAUGUUAUCUUUAACACCGCAGGAAAUUGUGCAGAGAUUAAUUAACUCAAAGAACAAGAACGAACUAAACAAAAAAACAAUACCCGGAGCAAACGUUAUAAAUACACCAAAUGGGUUUCAGUUAAACUUUGAUCUCAUUGCUAAAGAUCAAAUACCAUAUGAUCUAACUGAAAAACCGAGCAACCCGUCUGCACGUCAUUUGACGUCUGGACGGCAACAACACGUUGAUGUUUUUAACACUGCUAAAGGUAUGGUUGUUAAACCAAAGUCUUCUAUUCAGCUUUUAACUCCGCAGUUUGUUCCAGCCCUAGAUAAAGACAAUAUUGAAUUAAGAAAGUCGGAUAAGUAGGUUUUUUAUUUAACAUUCAAUUCUGUAUAAAAGGAUGUCAUUCACGUUUUUUCAAAAAAAAUAUAAUAAUAAUAAAAAUAAAGAAUUAAGUUCA